AUGGUAAGCGUGACUACGUGCGACAACGCGACAGACAUUGCAUCGUGCUUCCGAUUGGCUGACUGUGAAUGCUGCCUCAGGGGAUACCAACUAGCGUUACGAUGCUACGGUGGACUUCACAUUAAAAGCUUGCUUACAGUGGGAAGAAGUAUAGGUCUCGUUAAUGACGAAUUUUGCAAUAUAACAUUAUCACCUGAUCAUCAUCUACGUUAUGGCAACAUCAGUAUACCUCGCGUAGCACCAUUCACCUGGAACUGUCCUUCCUCUGGGUCUGGAACGUUAGAAAAUUGCAGUCGUAAGGACCUCACAAGAAACAGGAAUCCCCUUCUUCUGACUAAGAAAUGCCAAAUUCCGGCUGAUAAGCGGCUACCAAACUACUCUCUCUGCUACGACAAUCCAGCAACAAGAGAAAUUCAUACUUCACAAAGUUCUGGUAAAAAAUGUGAAAUGCACUGUUCCAAACCAAUACCCAGCACCGCAUCUAGUACUGUAUCCUUACAAUCCAGAAGUCAAGGGCGAGGAUCUGCGCAACAACAGCUGAAAUAUGCUUUGCCUAUAGGAGGAGUCCUGAUUGUUGUCGCAGCGGUUUUUGCGAUUGCCUUGGUAUGGAAAAGGAGGAAUCGAUUGCCUGUCACAAUUGAUUUCGAAGAGGAUAACACUAUGCUAUAAAUAUCAGACUAUUAUUAGGCACUGGAGGGAAGAACUUUGUUAGAACGAGCAGCCUAAGAUAAGGAGGGAAGAAGCUAAUAAGCGGAGGAGGGACUAAG